CCAAGGCAAGAAUAGCUCCUGGCAGCGAGGGGCCAGGACAUUGGUGGUUUCUGGGUCACAAGCCCUAGCUACCUACCUAUGAUUAAGACAGGAUGACACAGCUGAGCAUGUUCUGGCUGGGACUGGGGCCAGUGACAGCCUCCCUUUGGCUGCUCCCAAUGCUGUUUGGGAUCUUCUGGCUCCUGACUCGAAUUUUGGUCCAGACCUAUGCUUUCUAUGAAAAUGUUCAGCAUCUCCAAUGUUUCCCUCAGCCCCCCAAACGGAAUUGGUUCUUGGGUCACUUGGGGCAGACUAAGAAGUCUCAUUCUAUGUCAUCUGCAAGGUGGAGAGCCAGGAAGGAGCCUCCCACGGAGGAGGGUUUGAAGUUUGUGGAGCAGAUGGCGCACACCUACCCCCAGGGCUUUGUGAUGUGGUUCGGCCCCAUCCUCCCCAUCAUCACUUUGUGCCACCCUGACUCCCUCCGAUUUGUCCUCAGUGCCUCAGUUCAGGUUGCAGUCAAAGAUGUCUUCUUUUACGGCUUCCUGAAACCCUGGCUGGGGGAUGGGCUGUUGCUGAGUGCUGGUGACAAGUGGAGCCAGCGCCGUCACAUGCUGACACCCGCCUUCCAUUUCAACAUCCUGAAGCCCUAUCUGAAGAUUUUCACUGACAGCACAAAAGUAAUGCAUGCCAAGUGGCAGCGCCUGAUCUCCCAGGGCAGCACCCAUCUGGACAUGUUUGAACACAUCAGCCUGAUGACCUUGGACAGUCUGCAGAAAUGCGUGUUCAGCUUUGAGAGCAACUGUCAGGAGAAGCCCAGUGAAUACAUUGCUGCCAUCUUGGAGCUCAGUGCCCUUGUGGCAAAAAGGGUUGAUCAGAUUCUUCUGCACAAGGACUUCCUGUACUAUCUCACCCACGAUGGUCAGAAAUUCUGUAAGGCCUGUCGCCUGGUGCAUGAUUUCACAGAUUCUGUCAUUCAGGAGCGGCGUCACACCCUGCUCAGUCAGGGAAUUGAUGACUUCCUAAAGGGCAAGGCCAAAUCCAAAGCUUUGGACCUCAUUGAUGUGCUACUGUUGAGUAAGGAUGAAGAUGGAAAGGAGUUGUCAGAUGAGGACAUACGAGCAGAGGCUGACACCUUCAUGUUUGAGGGUCACGACACCACGGCCAGUGGUCUCUCCUGGGCCCUGUACAACCUGGCCCGGCACCCAGAAUACCAGGAGCGCUGCCGGCAGGAGGUGCGAGAGCUUCUGAGGGGCCGUGAGCCUGAAGAGAUCGAAUGGGAGGACCUGGCCCAGCUGCCCUUCCUGACCAUGUGCAUCAAGGAGAGUCUGCGCCUGCACCCCCCGGUCACUGGCAUCUCCCGCUGCUGCACUCAGGACGUUGUGCUCCCGAAUGGCCGGGUCAUCCCCAAAGGUGUUACCUGCCUCAUCAGUAUUUUCGGGCUGCAUCACAACCCAGCUGUGUGGCCGGACCCUGAGGUCUAUGAUCCCUUCCGCUUUGACCCAGAGAACAGCAAGGACAGGUCACCUCUGGCUUUUAUUCCCUUCUCUGCGGGGCCCAGGAACUGCAUCGGGCAGACCUUCGCCAUGGCCGAGAUGAAGGUGGCGCUGGCGCUGACUCUGCUGUGCUUCCGCGUCCUGCCCGACAACAAGGACACCGAGCCGCGCCGGAAGCCGGAGCUGAUCCUCCGCGCAGAGGGCGGGCUCUGGUUGCGGGUGGAGCCGCUGAGCUGAGUGGGGGCGCUCAGGGAGCUCUGCGGCCUGGCCUGGGACCCGGCUGACCACCCCAGCGUCCUUUGCAGACUUAAUAAACUGUGCAGUUACCUGUG